CUGCCCAAUGGAAAACCUGCAACCUCCUGUUCUGAAAUGGCUGAUUACUGGCAAGUCAAAGAUUCCAACAAGCCAAAUUGCAAUGGACCAUCCUCACUACGGGCUCCAAGGCCUCAAGUUACAUUCAGUCCCCAAAUAACACAAAAGCCUUGUAACUCUAAUUCUCUUUGCAAGCUCAUCACAAGCGAGUUAUUUGCAAAAUGUCACAAUCGUGUUUCACCAGACCACUACUAUCAGGCAUGUGUGCAUGAUGAAUGUCAAAUGCCAAGUACCUCAGUGAUGUGCGCAAGUUUGCAAACUUAUGCGUCUGUCUGCAUGUCACACCAUAUCUGCAUUGAUUGGAGAAAUUACACAAAUGGGGUCUGUUCUUUUAAUUGCCCUUUAAACAAAGUUUACAAAGCAUGUGAAAUCUUUGAAGAGGAACUUACAUGCACUUCAAGCAAUUCAGAUUUGACUGGUCUUAACUUAUCAGAAGGAUGUUUCUGCCCAGAGGGUACCAUUCUUUUCAGCCCUGACACUGACCUAUGUGUUAAUAAAUGUGGUUGUAUUGGACCUGAUGGACUACCUAAAGAGUUUAAUGAAAGAUUUAAGUUCAACUGCCAGGACUGCAUCUGUGACAAAAUCACACACCGUGUCAUCUGUCAACCACACAGCUGUCCUAUUUUUCCAUCAACGCCUUGUGAUGGAGAAGGAUUUAUCAAUGUUAAUAUAACAGUCCCAAAUGAUGAUUGUUGUACAAAAACUAUGUGCAGGUGCAACAGCAAUCUCUGUGCUCCAAAUGAGAUGAAAUGUAGUCUUGGAUUUAAAAUAGUGUCAAAGAUUCCAGAUGGGCAUUGUUGUCCAGUUUACACAUGUGAGCCAAAGGGUGUCUGUGUUAAUGAAGGGGCAGAAUACAAUCCAGGUGCAAUUAUUCAUCUCUCUCCUUGUCAAAGCUGCACUUGUACCAAUGAGACAGAUGUGGAAACUCUGCUAAACCUCAUUAAAUGUCGAAAUAUCGAAUGCAACAACAAGUGUGCACAAGGUUUUGAAUAUAAAGAAAUAAUUGGAAGAUGCUGUGGUGAAUGUGUCCAAACUAGAUGCGUGAUACACCCAGGAGACCAAUCUAUUCAACUAUUACUGCCUGGCUAUAUGUGGCCAUCACCUUAUAACAACUGUACAGUCUAUGGAUGUCUUCAAAUUAAUGAUAGCUUAAUAUCGACUAGUUCCAAGCUUGUUUGUCCUGAUUUUCAUCCAGAAGACUGUGAACCGGGCACAAUUAUGAUGACUGAUGAUGGCUGUUGUCAAACAUGCCAAGAAAAACAGAGUUGUAAGAGAACAAAAAAAAUGAUCCAGAUAACGCAUGAUGGAUGCCAAUCAUCAGAGAAAGUAGAAAUUGCAGAAUGUGAAGGGACGUGUGGUACUUACUCCAUGUAUUCAUCAGAAGUAAAUUCAAUGGAGCACAAAUGUAACUGUUGUCAAGAGAUGAAGACCCACAAAAGGGAGAUUACUUUAAUAUGCCCUGAUGGAAAUACUAUUCAAUACUCUUAUGUCUAUGUGGAUACAUGUGACUGCAUGGAAAAUAACUGUGAGGAACCAACCAGCUCACCUUCAAACAGCACAAUCCAUGAACUAUCUCGAGCAAAACGCAAUCCAGACAGGAUCAAUGAAACUGGAGACAAGCUCAACUUGAUCAAUCUAGAGAAACAGACAGACUUCAUAAGCUUUAAUGAAGUAAAUGAAUCCAACAAAAGUAAAAGGGAAGCAAACUUAGAAAAUGACCUACAAGAAAACCAACCUAAGGAAAGAAAGCCAAGGCAUGGAAGACGAGCAAAUGUUCAGAAGCGUAUAAAGCUCACAUAAAACGAAUCAAAUAUUUUAGCGAAUCAAAUUCAUUCUGUUUGCUUCUUACUUCCAAACUUCACAAUGCUGGUGUUUAUUAACUGUUCACUUUGUUUUUAUUCACGUUAGUUUCUAAUUAAACAAGAUUAUUCUGAAAAAAUGUCUAUUUAUUAUCCAAAGUCCUAUUCCAAUGAAAAUUCUUACUAUGUGCAGAAGAAAUUAAGU